AUGCCUGACUCAGUGGAGAAGUGCAGUCACAACUUUACAGUUGGAGAGGAUUACAUAGUUGGCCGUAAAGAUUGUCCCAUUUUGAUAGCGGGUGACCAGUCCAUCAGUCGUAAGCAUGCGUCUUUCAGAGUCAAACAUCCCGAGAGUAAUCUUAAUCAGCCGAAUUCUCCCUCGUCCCUGAUUUUGAAAGAGACUUCAAAGUAUGGCACAACCUGCAAUGGAGUCAAACUAGAAUCGGGAAGUGAUAAAAGCCUUAACAAUGGAGAUGUCAUUUCAUUUGGGUCAUUGAAUUCCAAUAAAUGGAGGGUUUGUUUUAACCCUGUUGUGGUAGCCGCCUCUGCCCUGCCAGGAAACGACAAGCGAACCCUGAAGCAGAUUGUUCAUAGGAUCGGUGGUCAUGUGGUUUCUGAAUGGUGUCCACAAUGUACCCAUCUAGUCAUGUCAGAGCUCAAUGUUACUAUCAAGGUAAUAAGUGCUCUUGUGGCAUGCCGACCUAUCGUUACUCCAGACUUCUUCAAGCAUACUUUGGAAUCUGUCAUCGAAAAAUCUUCCUUGCCUACUCCUGGAACUUAUCUUCCUACUGUGGCUGAGGCAGCUAUCAAUAAGGAUGAGGUCUCCUUCAGCCCAAAUCAAAGGAGGAAAGAGAUUUUUAAGGACAGGACUUUCUUCUUUAUCACCGAGAAACAGUACAAGCGUCUUCACAUACCAAUAAGCUUGGCUGGAGGUCAGUCUGAGCUCCUGGAAGAGGAUAGUGAUGUCCACUCCAUAUCUAGUCUGUUGACCUCUAGUACAUCCUGUGUACUGUACACUGAACAUCAAGACAAUCUACAGCAGAUGAGCCAGACUGGACAGAAGGUCACAUCACAGGUUCUCAAGCUCCUAAAGAAGCAUGGUUUACGUCCUAUCCCAGAGUCUGAGCUUGGACUGGCUGUCAUCUAUGUCUCCACAGCCCUGCAUUGUAAUCCAAAAGUUGCACAAGCUGGUCUGGACCUUAUUAGUGCAGUCCCUUCACAGUCCUUACCAACUCAGAAUGUGCUAGUCUCAGAAACCCAGUCUAUUUCACAAAGAAUACAUGGUGGAAGUGAGAAGGUGGAUAGGAAGGCCACAACUACAAUGAAGAAAGAGACUGGAUCCACAUCUAAUCUUCCAAAACAAAAUCUCACAUCAACUCCCAAAAUUUCAAAGAUCUCAGAGACAAUGGUUGCCACGCCCACAGGAACAGCCAAUCAGACUUCAUCAUCUAGGCCCUUUGACAGAUCCCCAGAGUUCUCAUUUCAUGAGAAAGCUCCAAUCAAGAUGGAAACGACAAGAUGUGAUGUCAGAGAUGAGCAGAGAGACACUAUCACUAGAACAGAGGCUAAGACGAAGAAUGAGAGACAUGAUGAAGGGAUAGAAAGAAAGGAGGAGAGGAAAAAAGAAAGACAGACAGUCAAGGUCAAAGAGGAGGUUUUCAGUCAACCUAAUGGAAGAGGAGAUGCAGGUGAAAGAGGAAGCGGUGGAAAGAACACCAAGGCAGCAUCAUCAGUAGGAGUCCCAGAAAGCUUGGAGAUCAAAGCUGAACAGCCCUCAAGAUCUGAAGCCACAAUCAGUAAAGAUUCUAGUCAAAAGGACACGCAGAGGCAAGGCAUGCAGGACAUAUUCAGAAAACCACUAGAGAUAAGCAGAAAGCCGGAAAGGAAAGCAAAAGAGGAGGCAGGAGUGGAGGAAGUAGAUGAACGGACGGAUCCAUUGAAAGAAGAACCAAUGGACCAAGGUGAGACAGAAGUGGAGCACGUCCUCAGGCAGGACGAUGACGAGGAAGAUGAUGAUGUGGUAGAUGACCCAUUUCACUAUGAAAGAAAGAAACCAAAGAAGAAACCAGAAACUGGAAGGACUGACCCGAAGCCAGAAUCAAAUAUUGAGGUUAAGUUUGAAGGGAAAAGGAACAGUAAGAGAAGGGCUAAUUGGAGUGUUGAGAAUGAUGAACAGAGCAACCAAGUCCAGACAAGCAGAGAAAAUGAUGGAGGAGGCGGUAUGUGGAAGAAGAAAGCCAGGAUUGAUGUUUUCUCUCAGGAGGAAGAAGCAGAGUCUGAGUCUCAAGGAGACAUGCAGGGUGCAGGGACAGGAUUCUCAGAGCAUGCCUUGAACUUACCAAGAGGGUUCAUCUCUGCUCGUAUUCCAAUAGAGGACCAGGUGAAUGUGAAAAUUGAACAGGAUUACAUGAAGGAAGAAGGUCUACCUAGCAAGCUGAUUAAAGUGAUGAAUGCUGCCCUCAUCAUCCGCAAGGAGAGAAAUAUGUCACGCAGGAAUGUUAAGGAGUCAAGCAGUGGUCGGCAGGUGAAGAAUUUCAAGAAAUUCAGGAAGGCUGGAUAUGCUGGUCAAUCUGCCAUCCCUCGCAUCAUUGGAGGCAACGAUCUCUUUACUCAUUAUAACAAUCCAAGUAAAGAUAUUGAAGACAUGUUCAAUGAAGAAGUUCGGGCGGAGAAGAAGAAGGAUAAGCAGGAAGAGAUGGCAGACAAACUGUUCGCUUUUGAGCCAAGGAAAGCUGGAGGCUCAAAACGGAGGAGAUGAGGUUUGUUAUUGGUUUGAAUU